AUGUGCGCGUUGGCUCCCGCACCGCAUUUCUUUUGCGCGGCGUCGCACCGUGGCAUGGACGACCUCCCGUCAGCGGCAAAACGCUUGAAGGAAACGCCAGCACCACCACCACGAGUUGUGCCCAUGCCAGUGAUGACGUGGCGAUUGCGCGUGGCACUUCACGUUACGGCGGUGGUGUGGACACGAUGCCAGCGGCAGGGGCGGAGGUGUUUGCUGCCCAUGCACGCGCCGCCGACGAGGUGGAUCGCCACGACGCGCUCGUUGAGCUCUCGCAACGCAUUGGAGGAGGGGUUUGCGGACACUCACAACACCGACGGCCGUGGCCGCUCCCUUCUGACACCGCAGGUGGCUCGAGAGCUUCUCGCGCGCUGGCUGAUGCAGAGCCUAAAUGAAACGACGGAGGCGCGGGCGAGCCGCGACACCGUGACGCUUCUGGACCACGGCGCGCCUGUUCGCCUCCGCCACGGCGACACCACACCGUACACCGUGGUGGAAGUGUCGGAAAUGGCUGGUGGGCAGUACUGGGUUGACGUUGUAGCGGCCGCGUCAACAGCGGGGGACCGCAGGCGCGUGGACCGCGACGACGUCGUCCUGCAUCCGCCGAAGCCUGUGUACUUUGAUCCGUUGCUUCCUGCCGACGAGCUCAACAGCCCCCGCGGCACAUCAACAUGUCUUUUCCUCGCGUCCACGCUCGCGUUGCGAGGGAGGCGUCUCCCACACGAUAAUGCAAUGACAGUCGUGGGCGGCAUGCAGGGCUUUCCAAGGAAAGUGUCGGUCCGCAUGGGCCACUGCGCAUGCGAGCUUAGAAAAAGGCUGAGAGUGCGGUGUCUGGCACGACGCUCCGGCGUUGAUGCGCCGGACAUGACGCCGUCGCGACGGCUGGAGUUGCAAAUGAUGCACGACUGUGUGACGCUGCGCUACGCGGGCCGGACGAUUGAGGUACUUCAGCGAACGCUCGAGCGGUUGUCGCUGCUGUGGGACGCACGCCUGGAAAGAGAGCGAGGCUGCAAUGAAGUCAAUGGAGGCUGUGCGGCGUCAGCACGAGAGUUGUGGCAGUGCGUCGUGACGCAGCAGGCGACGGCGGCCAAUGGAUCGCAUACGUUCGUGACAUCGGAGCCCUUUUUCAUUUCUGCCUUCACCAUGCUGCUGCGGUACCGCUCGCUGCUUGGGGACAUGGGCUACAAUCAAGGCCCACACGCCGCUGUCCCGCCUUCUGUCAUGCGGGAGCUGCAUGACGCCUUUGACGUACGCUGUGAGGCCUUCGCCAGCCCCAUUAAUGCACAACUCCCGCUCUUCGGUUCUCUCUUUCCUGACACAGAUUACUGCUUUGGCAGCCUUGGCUCUUUUUUUGACCUCAAACUCAUCGCCGGCCACUAUGAAAUGAACCCGCCGUUUGUCACCGCCGUGCUGCAGCGCCUAGAAACAUUCCUGCUGCACGACGUGCUCGCGUGUCACGACGGUGCAGCUGACUCCUCGUUGCUGUUUGUUGUUGUGUUGCCGUCACACGACUUGGAUGCGGCGGAGGCGGAGGAGAAGGUGACUCAGGUCGCUCCAACUUCGCUGCAGCAGCGACACACGACGAAGAGUAAACUUUGCAGGAGUAACAACAAUAACACUUAUGAUGAGGGUUGUGAUGGCGGCGGCGGUGGUGAGGGCAGGGAAAGGUGGAAGCGCCCAGGAAGUGCCAAGGAACGGGUGAGCACGGAACGGGUUCUGCGGGAGAGUUCGUUCUGCUUGGCCCACACCCUCUGCGCCGCUGCUGAGUCCGCGUACGUGGAUGGCCAUCAGCACCUCCUGCGUGCACCACUGUUCUGCAUAGGCACACCCACGCGACUGAUUGUCUUGGGGAACAGUGCAGCCCGCCGCCGUUACGGCGAUGCCGCCGAGAAACUCGCUACUGUGAAGGACACGUGGCGCCGUUACACUCUUGAGUCCAAGCUGGUCAGGGGCAGUGCGUGA